CUGUUUUCCUACGGUAUUACGAAUGCGGGAAAGACCCAUACCGUCCUAGGAAAUAUUUCCAAAAAGAAGGAAGCCUGGGGGCUGGUUCCUCGGGCCGUCUCCGAUGCCUUGGAUCGUCUACCCCCGACUGCGCAUCUGACAAUGAGCUACUUUGAAAUCUACAACGAGAACGUCUAUGAUCUUUUGCCGCAAUCUCUACAAAACGAAAACGUUGCGAAAUUCGCCGAUCCCCUCAAAGUGCGUGAAUGGCACGGGCGUGCGGUAGUCUCGGGCUUGGCCAAGCACCGUCUACACUCGCUGCAACAAGGCCUCGACCUUAUCGUAAUGGCCAAGCAACGUCGGCAUACCGCCACCAACAACAUCAAUCGCGAUAGCAGUCGAUCCCACUGUGUUUGUCAACUUACAGUGGAAACA